AUGUAUCUCUAUUCAAAGACUACUGGUAUUAUCUUGAUAAUUCUGAAGAACAUGUUUAUAUCAAUUUUAUGUCAAGUCUUCUCCGCCUUCAGUCCCACUAUUAAAGUAUGUAUUCCAUGUCUACUCCUGGAAGACUUUAAAUUACAUAUAGCGAGCAAGAAUUUCCAUAGUUUGCGGACUGACAAUCGUUCUACAUUGGGUUUUUGUGUACCCGUUGUUAUGAUGCUACGCAUCAGCACCAUAGAUGAUAUCGUACCAUUGCUCAAAAUGAUAUAUCACAAAAAUUGUGAUGAUAUCGGCUCAAUCAUCUACAUUUUUGGUACAUUUGAUCCAGAUAAAAUUACCCUAUUUUUCCAGUGUACUAUAUUUGGUUAUUAG